CUAUUGUUUUGGCCAUAAUCCAAUUGCGUAAAUUGAUUUAACGAAAAUUAUGGCUGAUGAAGAACAGAGGAAGCCAACGACCCGAAGAACUCCUCUUAGCCAAAUAGAUGAGGAUAGAGUUUGUAUAAUGUUGUCGAUGGUUGAAAGUGAAAGUGAAGAUGAGGAAAUUACUGCUUCUGAUGAAGAAUUUCUAGAAAGUGAAAUUCAAGAUUUCGAAUUAGAGUUUUACGACAAUGAGUACGACGAUGACAACGAGGAUAUGGAAGAAGAUGAUGUUGAUCCAGAUGAAUUAUCAUACGAGGAAUUAAUUGCUUUAGGAGAAUUUGUUGGAGUAGAGAACAGAGGAUUAUCUGAAGCAGAAAUCAACAAACACUUGCAUUCAUCUACAUUUCAAUCUAACAGUUCCAAGACCCUUAUUGAUCGAUGUGUGGUGUGUCAACUGGAAUAUGAAGAAGGAGAAAAUCUAGUGGCACUUCCAUGUGAUCAUCCUUACCAUUUAGAUUGUAUACAAAAAUGGCUUCAGAUAAAGAAGAUUUGCCCUAUAUGUAAUGAUGAGGUCUCGUCCACUGAUGUAGCCAAGAAUGUAUAGCUCUAUGUCACUUGUUAGGGGCGGAGCUAGUGUUAACGUUACGGGCUCGGUUGAACUCAGUAACUUUGGUCGAAACUUUGUAUUUGUCAUAAAAAAUUCAUUGAAUAUGUACAAAAUAUUAAUUUAGAAUACAGUAACUUAAAAGGACUAAAAUCCCCGUAAGAUUCAAAUCUUGGCUCUGCCGCUGUCGCUUGUAUCAAAUCAAAAUUCUUGUACUGAAAUCAGUCAAGAUUCAAUGAUAUUGCCAUGGGAAAUUGGGAACUGGAUUAAACGCGCGACUUUCUCAACAUCUAUUUACUACUUUCUACAGAAAUUCUAUUUGAAUUAAUUGAUGGAUGUGACCUUCAUGUUCUUUGUA